AUGAACAGACCAACCACGGCUCUUCCAGAAAAGGGCCAUAGGCGAAUUCAUAUUUCUCAAGAAUAUGAGAAGAAGAUAGAUGGCCUCGACGACCGUCUUACCAACAUCGAAAAUGCUCUUGCCAGUAUCGCCUCCAAGUUAGAGAACAACCAGACUCCUUCAGCUUCCAGAGAGUCGGUUAGCCAGAUAAGGACGCAGCAAAGCCGACUUUUUGACAGCAUUGUCGUUCCGGCUAUGGAGACACCGGCGCAUUUCGAAGGCAAGACUGGAAACAACACGCAGUCAGACUAUGUCAGAAAUCUGCUUGUCCAAGUAGUAGGCGAAACACCGUCAGUGGGUCAGAAUGCAGAGGUCAAAGCCGCGUUGACAGCAAUGGAGGAAGGCACCGAACUUGAUGUUCGCUAA